AUGCGUUCCUCAUCAACCCCGUCGUCAUCAUAUAAUUCCCCCUCAUAUUCCUCCUCCUCAUCUGCAUCCGAUUCUGAUUCAUCUUCAAAUAUCAAACAAGGUCGAAUCUUCAAAUUAGCCAAAGAAAGACGCGAGCGACGCGCUACAAUGGCUAAACUUCAGCAGAUGGUACCAUACGCUAGAGAAGGCGAUUCACAACUGCAGUUAUUGCAACAUAUCAUGGACUACAUUUAUUUCUUGCAGCAACAGCUUCAAAAAGAGGAUGCUGAGAAUAUGGUACCAAUGGUGAGCGUGUCUGACCUCAGUCGACUGUUCUCGCAAUUUUCAACCGAUGCAUCAAGAAGCGUGCAACAUCAUGUCUUAUCGAAUUGA